AUGUCCCCCACUCUAGACCCUUCUUCUAUUCCCGGUGACCAUACAUCUUCAGCUUGGAGUAAACUUAAUUUUUCUUGGGUCCAGAGGCUUAAACCUCCUUCCCAUAACCUUUCUCGCGUCACUACCCACACAUAUGCAGAGGAUGGUACUCCCAGGGUCCAAGUCCUUGGAUUUGUUCUCCUUGAGGCCUCCAUAGCUUGGUUAGGUAAUCUAAUUGGUCAUUUUUAUGGCCUUGCUCAUUCAAGUUCCAAGAUCUUUCAAUCUCUUAACCCUAUAUCGGGAAGGAAAGCUCGUAUACUGGUUAGGCGAGUCAGUGACUCCUCCUGCCUUUUCCACGUGCCAGACCUUGCUACUCAAUGGACGCCUACGUCAUCUCUUCGGCAAUCGGUGCUUACCUUGACUCCAAUAUGGAUCACUCUCAAGAAUAUUUCUGUUGAGAUGUACUCCUUGAAAGGUAUCAGCUACAUCGCUAGUGGUGUUAGAGAAUCACUGCAUACGGAGAAGAUGAGGCUCGGCCACCUGAAUAUAGGAGAGUCUAGGGUCAAAAUUGAGGUUCAACUCGGAGCUCCUUUGCCUGAGGCGGUGGAGGUUGAGGAUGAUAGGGGUGUUAUCGUCAGAGUAAAUGUUGCCUACUCAUGGCUCCCUCCCCGGUGCCCUCAAUGUCAUAAAUUCGGACACAAGGCUUCGAGUUGUCCUUCCCCUAAGUUGGAUUCAGUUGCCCUUGCCCCAACUGGCUCUAAACCCCUGACGUCCCCACUGCCUGUGUUCUCAUCAAGGGACAAAUCUAUCCUCGCAGAUACUCCCGUUAAAUCCCAAGAAAGUGCUCCUCUCAAAACCCAAGUAGCUAUUGUAUCACAACAACUCUCAAACUGUCCCCUUCCAUCUCCAUCUCAUAACCCCUGA